GCUUUAUGCUUGUUAGGUCUUGCUUCUUGGGACGUCAGUCACGUAUUGACUUCCCCCAGAGUCUAGAAAGUGGUAAAGAGGGUUUGGGGGGGAUGAGUAUGGUGGACAAAACCCUACGGAUUUUAACAGCUGUCAGUUGGAGGAAGAAAACUGUCAAUCCUUAUGAAAAAAACACUAAUAUUUUAGCAGUCAAUACAAGGAAACUCUCAUCUUGGAAUUACUGAAGUCGUUUGGGAGCUUCAACGAGCCAGGCGAAUCUCUGGGAAUCGUGACGUGAACAGCAGUGUCAGUUUGCGCUGUCACAUUCGAAAUUGGUUUAGUUAGCUGCUUGCUGGCUAAAAUGCUAGCCAGCUAAAUUUAUACUGCUAAAAGGGAUUGGCCUUCUCCUUUGGAUUGAGGACGGUUCAUUGCACCGGGAAAGGACAUCUGGAUUUAACUGUACUUUUUAUGUUUGGGUCCCAAGGAAGGGUAAGAAACCCAGAGUCAUACAAGCAUUCCAAGUUUAGAAGGAACGUUUGUGAGAGGUUCUCUCCGUACCUUGAGUGAAAUUUUUGCCCGGACUUAGUUGCUCUUAUUUUGCCCUGUCUGUGUUGGUGGCGCUGCAGUAGCACAAAGCUAUGGGGACACCAGGGUCUGGUAGAAAGCGUGCCCCUAUCAAGGACCGGUUUUCAGCUGAGGAUGAAGCCCUUAGUAGCAUUGCCCGGGAGGCAGAGGCCAGGCUGGCCGCAAAGAGAGCUGCCCGGGCGGAGGCCAGGGACAUCCGAAUGAGAGAACUAGAACGGCAACAGAAAGAGCUUUCCUCUCACCGCUCCUCAGCCAGCAGCAGGAAAAGCUGGGGCUCGAUUCAUCAAUGGAUGGCCGACACCGAAAAGGCCCAGCACUCUGGAACUAGUAGUAGAUCCAGUAGGCAUCAUCGCCGGGUUGGUAUCCUUCUGUCUCCUACCCCUUCUUCGCCCAUCUCUCUUCUCUUACCUUAUUCCCUGACUCCCGUAUUGCUUUCCCAACAGGAUGAUGACAUCCUUUCGGUCCGUAGUACUGGAAGCUACCGGACAACAUCCUCAUUGCGAGACCUUGGCAGCUCAUCUCAUAAAAGCAGAGCCAGCACUUCGCAUCCAAGAGACCUUGUGUCUGAUGUCCUGUCCAGUAGUUCCUCUUUGAAGGGUAGCUCCUCUCUGAAGACCUCCCGCUCCACUAGCUCUGUGUACAGCGACCUGCAUAAGAAGACUCCCGUGUCCAGUAGCUCCAGGAAGGACCUGUUGACUGGCUUGUACCACGAUCAGAGGACCUACAGCAGCUUAGCAAACAGCACCAAACAUCCUCCCUCUACUUCCAACUAUCAGCCCCGGGUUGGUCCUCAACUCUCCCCAUUUCUGGCCGUGUCCGUAGCCUCCCCCACUGCUGGCUCUGGCUUGGGGCUGACGCGCAGCUACAGCCUGGCCUCUAUAAAUGAUGACGGCCUGUAUGGCUCCUACUCUGGUUCUCAAACUCAGACUCCCUCAGAGUACAGCUGGUACUCCAGCUCAACUCGCAGCAGCCCUGCGAACUCUUCUGACGACGAUACUGCCAGCACUGUGUCCCAGGACCACUACAGUCGUGGCAGGAGAGACAGUGUGUCGUCCGAUUUCUCAGACAUCAGUGAGUCGGCCGCCGACUAUUUCAGCCGCUCCAACCGCAGGGGCAGCAUUGUGUCUGACCUGGAUGACCUGUGCAUCCCAGAUGACCUGGAUGGUCUGGAUGAAAAAUGUGAUAAGACCUUCGUAGACUACAGUAGGCCAUCCUCACGCUGCACCACCCCUGGCCUUUCGGCGGCCACCCUGGCCUCUCUGGGGGGGACCUCUUCAAGACGGGGCAGUGCAGACACUGGCAGCAUCGUCGACGCUGACACCAGUCUCAGUGAACUGAGGGAUAUCUAUGAUCUAAAGGACCAGAUUCAGGAUGUAGAGGGCCGGUACAUGCAGGGGCUUAAAGAGCUGAAGGAGUCGCUCUCAGAGGUGGAGGAGAAAUACAAGAAAGCCAUGGUGUCGAACGCGCAACUGGACAACGACAAAUCCAACCUCAUCUACCACGUGGAUACCCUCAAGGACGUCAUUGAGGAGAUGGAAGAGCAGAUGGCCGAGAUGCGCAGGGAGACGGAAGAAAAGUCUAAGGAACUGGAAAGACAAAAGCACACAUGCACAGUCUUGCAGCACAAACAAGAGGAGCUGAAAGAGGGAAUCCGCCAGAGAGAUGACUUCAUACAGGAGAACCAGCGAAUCCAGGCUCAGUUAGAUACCCUCACCAGAGAGGUUUUUGACCUACAGGAAACCAUAAACUGGAAGGACAAAAAGAUUGGGGCCCUAGAGAGGCAGAAAGAGUACUUUGAUUGCAUUAGGAAUGAGAGGGAUGAGCUCAGAGAUGAGCUGGCUGACAUCAAGGCAAAGGCCAAAACUGGAGAGAAACAUGGCCUGGUCAUCAUCCCGGAUGGAAUGCCCAACGGUGACGUCAGCCACGAGCAACCAACCACGGGGAUUACUGUGGUCACUCAAGAGGCCGCCCAGGUGCUGGAGUCAGCUGGAGAUGGACCUUUAGAUGUAAGGCUACGGAAGCUUGCAGAUGAGAAGGACGAACUCUUAGCCCAGAUAAGGAAGUUGAAGAUGCAGCUCGAGGAGGAGAGGCAGAAGCACUCGAAGAUGGAGAACACCUUCACAGAGGGAGAGAGGUUGGAGAACGGUACUGACCUGCACCUCAUCGAGAUUCAAAGAGAUGCCAACAGACAGUUAAGUGAAUACAAGUUCAAGCUCUCAAAGGCAGAACAGGAAAUGGGCACAAUGGAACAAAAUAUCAACAGACUUGAAGGACAAGUGUCCAGAUACAAGGCCUCGGCAGAUAAUUCUGAGAAAAUUGAAGAUGAACUAAAAAUAGAAAAAAGGAAACUUCAACGAGAGCUGCGUACAGCCCUAGAUAAGAUUGAGGAGAUGGAGAUGACCAACAGCCACCUAGUAAAGCGCCUUGAGAAGAUGAAGGCCAAUCGGAACGCCCUUCUCUCUCAGCAGUGAGAGCCGCUGGAUCACCACAGAAGCCCUUAAACUCUCACCUCAGACCUUUGACUGCCAUUUUGCGUCUGGAGCACAUUUCCACUCUUCCACAGUAACACUUAAAUUGUGUAGCAAAACCAAAAACACUUUAAAAACACUGGUAGCCCACAGGUAAGUUUUUUUAAAAGAAAGCAUUGGUUUAACCACAUUCGUGCACCAGUGUCCUUGGAAGGGACUCAAAAAGCUAAAAUACUAAACCAUAGGUUAUUAGGAGAUGACUCGAAGCAAAAUUAUCAACUCUUAAUUUAACGCUUUCUACAACAUCAUGUUAUUUACAAUGUUUUACUUUUCUCCAGCUGGGUGCUUGGCUUUCUUUUUUUUAUAUAUAUAUAUAUAAGUUGCAUGAAUGAGUAUAAUGGCGCUUUUAAACUGUUAACCUGUCACGGCUGCUCUCUCUAGCCCUGUACCUUUAACAUUAUCCCUCACACAGAGAAGUGCCUUCUCACACCUGGAGACUGAGGGUUUUGGGUUAUUGGAAGAAAAAACAAAAUAUUCAAACCAAUAAAUACCGGUACAGAAUUAUGUAUUUAAAGGUGCAGUCAUGAUUUGAUGAAAUAUAUAGUACCGAUUGUCUGUUGAAGUUGUUUUUUUUUCUUCAAAAAUAAUAUUUAAAGAUUUCUUGUGAAUGUGUAAAUGAUAGAACUGUGUGUGUGUGUGUAUGUAUAUAUAUAUAUAUAUAUAUAUAUAUAUAUGGAUGUUUGUUUUUGCAUGGGUAGUGGCACAUCAAACUUCCUUUUGAAAGACAACUGAUGUUAGUUUUUUUUUGAGUGGGAAAAAAAGGCAAGAACUUUAACAGAAGAUCGCACUACAUACCAUCCUUUCUUCAAACUGUUGCUGCUCAAAAAGCAAGCAGUUAAGUCUCAGGACCACACAGUGAUUGUGACUGAGGCAGCUACCGCAUUUAAAUACUCUACAAAUAAACUAUACCAGAUUUACACUGCA